UUGGGGUCUUCCUGGCUUUAGGCAGGCUGGUGGGGGCCAGUUUCCCAGCUUGGCAAGCUAGGCUGGGCAGAUAUCUCUCCAGGCAGCCGCCCUGCCUGUCGCCCACUUGUUGUGCCCCUGGUGCUGCUAAUGGUGCUGUUAUCCCGCAGAGCCUGUUCUCUGUUCCCCAUCCCUGCUCCUUCCUCGCAAAGCAGCCUCUCCUGCUUGGGCAUGGCACAGCUUAUCUUACUCCUACUCAUCCCAGGAGCACUGGGAUUUCUGCUAUCAAAUGGCCAUGAAUGCACCCAUCACCUCCAUGCUCACUCUGGUUCUGUUCUGCUGAAAAUCAGGGAAGUAUCGAGAUACGGCAGCCGGUGGAUUCCCACCCCAUUCCUCAGAGCAGCCCAGAUCAAACCCCCAGCUCUGCUUGCUGCAGCCAUUUGGCUGCUGUAGAGCAGCGGUGCAGCCAGCUCAGGUUUCUCCUUGCUGCUCUCAGGUGCGGGGAUCCUACCAGGGCAAGGAGAUCCCACUGGGAGCAAGGAGAUUCCACCAGGUGCCCAUACCCAGCAGGGGCCACUGGCAUUGCCCUGAUUAAAGCUACCAGCCACAGAGAAGGGCUGGUGCUGGAGGUACUGGGUGCUGUCUCCAGCUUUGAGGUGUGGCAGGAAGAGGCUGAUGACCAGGAUUCGGUUUGGCUUUGCCACAACAAAGGGAAAGGUUUCCUUUCCGUGUCUCCUGGUUUUCCCAAAGUCUUGCUGUGGAGCACGAGGAGCACAGAGUGGUCUCUGGCAGCACUGGAGGACCCUCAGGGUUUUGGUCAUACCUGGCCAGCUGCUACUCCAUAUCCUCUGGGCUUCCUUCUCCUUUCCUCUGGAGGUCACACCUCAAUGGCAGUGAGCCCUUCACUUCUGGCUCCUGCAGCUGUCAAUUUGAGCUUCACAGGGAAAGAAAAAACCACCAGUGGGAGCCUGGCUGGAGCCUGAUGCCGGUGUAGAUGUGUCACAGUGCAUCCCCAGCGGCCACUCUGGCACCAACACCACAAUUUUGGCCCCAGUCUCUGCUCCCUGCAGACACUGCAAACGAGAGAAGUUGCGGAGAGCGGCACAGAAAUCGAGCGGGUGCUGCCACCAGUGAGGUCCCAGGCACAGAGACAGCCAGGGCUGGGGUGUGUGAGAGCCCACCCUGCAGCAGGCUAUUUUCAGCAGCCGCACCGGCUGGGAGGUCGCUGCCGCGGCGGUGGGAAAGGUGUUGGCUGGUGGUGGCGCACAUUGCGGCAGCGUGACGCAGGCACAGCGAGCACCCGGUGCCCACAGACCCUCUGCCAUGUCCACCCUUUCAGGGAGCCCCAUGAGGACCCCAUUCCCAUCCCAAUUUCUUUGCCCAAUGGCACACAGUGCCAGAUUCUCACCAGCAGUACUUGUGCUGCUGCUCGCCGUGUCUUGGCCAGCUCCUGGGACACACAGGGAUGCAAACCAGUGCAGCCCAGCACAAGCUGGGAGCCAGCACAGCUGGGCACAGGCCACGCUGCUGCAUUGUGGCUUGGGGCAGCUGUGGCGGGCACCACUGCAGCCUCAGACAUGGACUGUGCCACAUCCCUGUCCUGCUGCUUCUCGUGUUGUGCUUCAGCUCUCACGCCAAGGCUUUGCUCCGCUGAAGACUGGCUUUGCUAGGGUCCCCACAUGUGGGUGCCAGCACUGUGCCAUGGCAAUGCGGGCAGGGCCGUGCGCUGAGCGGCGAGGGAGCCCAUGUUGUGCUUUCCCAGCUCUCUCCGUAGCAGCACAGAGUGUUUGGCGGCGUGGCUGGCCGGCAGAGCCGCCGCUCGGGUGGCAGGAUGCUCUCCAUGACCUACAGUGAGAGCCUGCGCAGCGUGGCCAGCCGGCCCAGCCCCGAGUGGGGGCUGCCCCCAGCCCCCCGGGCGGCCGACGGGCUGGAGCUGCGGCGGCUGCGGGAUGUGCGGGCGGCGGCGCGGGCGAAGACUCUGGAGGAGUUCCUGCGGAUGCACGGGCUCUCCCUGGCCGACACCACCGCCCGCGCCACCGGCAUGAAGUACAGGAACCUCGGGAAGUCUGGGCUGCGUGUGUCCUGCCUGGGUCUGGGAACAUGGGUGACUUUCGGAGGGCAGAUCACAGAUGAGAUGGCAGAGCAGCUGAUGACUUUAGCUUAUGACAACGGCAUUAAUCUCUUCGACACGGCAGAAGUCUACGCUGCUGGCAAGGCUGAGGUGGUGCUGGGAAAUAUCAUCAAGAAGAAAGGGUGGAGACGGUCCAGCCUGGUCAUCACCACCAAAAUCUUCUGGGGAGGAAAGGCCGAGACAGAGAGGGGCCUGUCCCGAAAACACAUCAUAGAAGGUCUGAAGGCAUCUCUGGAGCGGCUGCAGCUGGAGUACGUGGACGUGGUGUUUGCCAACCGGCCCGACCCCAACACGCCAAUGGAAGGGGACCCAUUUAGUUCCUCCAAGUCCAGGACUUUCAUCGUAGAAGAGACAGUGCGAGCCAUGACCCAUGUCAUCAACCAGGGGAUGGCCAUGUACUGGGGGACCUCGCGCUGGAGCUCCAUGGAGAUCAUGGAGGCGUACUCGGUGGCCCGGCAGUUCAACCUGAUCCCGCCCAUCUGCGAGCAAGCCGAGUACCACAUGUUCCAGCGGGAAAAGGUGGAGGUGCAGCUGCCUGAGCUCUUCCACAAGAUAGGUGUUGGAGCCAUGACCUGGUCCCCACUGGCCUGUGGCAUCGUCUCGGGGAAGUAUGAUGGGGGCAUCCCCCCCUACUCCCGUGCCUCACUGAAGGGAUACCAGUGGCUGAAGGAUAAGAUCCUGAGUGAAGAGGGCCGGCGGCAGCAGGCAAAGCUGAAGGAGCUGCAGGCCAUUGCUGAGCGCCUGGGCUGCACCCUGCCCCAGCUUGCCAUAGCCUGGUGCCUGCGCAACGAGGGUGUCAGCUCUGUCUUACUGGGGGCCUCCAACGCCGACCAGCUGAUGGAGAAUAUCGGAGCAAUACAGGUCCUUCCAAAGCUGUCGUCUUCCAUCGUCCACGAGAUCGAUAGCAUCCUGGGCAACAAACCAUACAGCAAGAAGGACUACAGAUCCUAAGCGCGCCUGAGCGCGCCGCGCAGCCCUCGCCGCCCGUUCGCUUGCUUUACGCUUUGUUGGAGCAAAGUGGAGAAGAGUGUGGUUUGCACCGCGAGCGCCGAGCGCCAGCGCUCCUCCCGCGCUGCCCCGGACGCGGCUCUGCGGCGCAGGGACAGGAGGCGAGCCCCGAGCUGCCCUGCCCGCAGCCGGACCCGUUGCAUGCGUGGCUCUGCCUCCACGGCGGCGGCGGGCGCGGGGUGCACGCGGGUGCUGUACGCCCACGAGGCCAACAACACGAAGCUGUUCCCCAGCCUG